CGUCGAUUGGGAUUAGAAUAGGGGCCGGUACUGGUACUGUAGGAGUCGGACAACAGCUUCGGAACAAAACACCACAAUGGAAAACGGCACGACAAACGGCGCGACGGCGGCGACGCACACCCCGUCGCAGACAUAUCUGUCGACCAGGGGCGACGACUAUGGCCUCACCUUCGAGACGGUCGUGCUCAAGGGCCUCGCCGCCGACGGCGGGCUCUUUCUGCCCGAGGAGGUGCCCCUUGCCACAGAUUGGCAAAGCUGGAAGGACCUCCCCUACACCGAGCUCGCCGUCCGCGUCCUGGGCCUCUACAUCUCGCCCGCCGAGGUGCCGACGGCGGACCUGCGCGCCCUCGUCGAGCGGAGCUACUCGACUUUUCGCGCGGCCGAGGUGGCGCCGCUGGUGCGCAUCGAGGACGACACGCACCUGCUGGAGCUCUUCCACGGGCCCAGCUACUCGUUCAAGGACUGCGCGCUGCAGUUCCUCGGCAACCUGUUCGAGUACUUUUUGACGCGCAAGAACGAAGGGAAAGCCGGCGCCGACAGGCACCACCUGACCGUGGUGGGCGCGACGAGCGGCGACACGGGGUCGGCGGCCAUCUGCGGCCUGCGCGGCAAGAAGGACGUGUCCGUCUUCAUCCUGCACCCCAAGGGGCGCGUCAGCCCCGUGCAGGAGGCGCAGAUGACGACGGUGCUCGACGCGAACGUGCACAACCUGGCCGUCGCGGGCACCUUUGACGACUGCCAGGACAUCGUCAAGGCGCUGUUCGGCGACGCCGACGCCAACGCGGCGCUGCGGCUCGGCGCCGUCAACUCGAUCAACUGGUCCCGCAUCCUGGCCCAGAUCGUCUACUACUUCCACUCGUACUUUGCCCUCGCGCGCGCCGACGCCGGCUUCAAGGUGGGCGACAAGGUCCGCUUCGUCACGCCCACAGGCAACUUUGGCAACAUUCUGGCCGGCUACUUUGCGCAAAAGAUGGGCCUGCCGGUGGAUAAGCUGGUUGUGGCGACAAACGAAAAUGACAUCCUGGACCGGUUCUGGAAGACGGGCAGGUACGAGAAGAAGCCGGCGCAGGGCGCCGAGGCCGAGGGCGGCAUCGCGGCCGACGGGGCCAAGGCGCACGAGGAGGGCUGCAAGGAGACGCUCAGCCCGGCCAUGGACAUUCUGGUGUCGAGCAAUUUCGAGCGCCUGUUGUGGUUCCUCGCCAAGGAGUUCGCCGCAACGGCCGGCCUCAACGACGAGUUCAACAAGAAGCAGGCCGGCCAGGAGGUGCUGGCGUGGUUCAAGUCCCUCAAGGCCACGGGCGGCUUCGGCCCCGUGCACGCCGAGAUCCUGGCCAACGGCCGCGCCGUCUUCGAGAGCGACCGCGUCAGCGACGCCGAGACGCUGGCCACCAUAGCCGACGUGUACCGCAAGACGCGCUACGUGCUCGACCCGCACUCGGCCGUCGGCUUCGGCGCCGCCCGCCGCUCGGCCGCCCGCGCCCCCCGGGGCACCCGCCACAUCUCGCUCGCCACGGCGCACCCGGCAAAAUUCUCGGGCGCCGUCGAGCAGGCGCUAGGAGGGGAGGAGGGCUUCGACUUUGCGCGCGGCGUGCUGCCCGAGGAGUUUGUCGGGCUCGCGCAGAGGGAGAGGCGCGCCAUCGAGGUGGCGCCCGAGUGGGAGGCCGUGAGGGAGAUUGUCAAGAGGCAGGUGCUGGAGGACCUCAAGGUCGAGGCAUGAAUGUUGUUGCGUCUUUUUUUCUCUCUCAUUUCUCUACACCUCGGUGGUUGAAUAGGGCUGGCUGGCUAUUGGACAUUUUUGCUUGUCGGACUGCGAUCAGAAGCAAAACAUGUGUGAAAAGGGGUUGCCAAACGUCACGAAAUGUGUUAUCAUCAGACAUGACCAUCAUCACCAAGUCGCAUUGUCCUGCAUCAGAACGACAAGGCGAAAAUCAAGAUAAGCCCCAACACCGUCACUGAACCCAGCGGCAAUAGCGGGAUGGAACGAUCAUGAGACAGGCCCUACACAGGCGGGCGACGGCUGCUUCCUUGUUCGACGCCCCAUCUUUCUAGGCAAAGACGGACAAACCCCAAGCCUCCUUCUUUGCCAUCCAUCUGUCUUAUCAAUCUAUGGUAUAUGACCAGAAGAAAGGCUCUUGCUCUAGUCUAGACUCUUCUCUGUCCCGCGCCUCCUCUUUCGAUACGUCAGGCACCUAGGGUAAAAAUAACAACUGUGGGGCGAGAGCGCGCCCCUUCUUUUCUCUUGGUCUCCAGAUUCCCCAUACUCAAAAAGCAGCAAACGAGGCAGAAGACAAAGGAUGAGAAUCAUAAAGAAAAGUCAUAAUAAAGAGGGCCUGGCUCGGCAGUAAAAGAUUGGCCGCCACGGUAAAUCACAACUCG